GAGCUGUGCUGGGGGCUGUGCAAGAAGUCGUUACCCCUGCAAUUAACCGGGGGGGGGGGAGGCAGAAAGGUGCCAAGGGGGUAUGAGGGGAUUUGCCACCAGGUGCCAGGGAGGGACCGAGCUGUGGCACCGAUCCAUGGGGACUGUGGGCAUGCGGGGCCCCCCCCCCCCCCAGAAGCUUUCCCUUUGCUCCUCAAUCACCCCCAGGGGGGAAACUCGGGUGCGAGGAGUGGAGCAACGCAGGGAGCUGGAUUUACCAGCCCUCCUCCCAUUCCGGGCAGCCUGUAAUUAGGACGUGCGCCUAACGAGCUUUGCCAAAGUCGGGGCGCAGCCUGCCCGCAAGCUCCUCGCUGGCACCGGGCUCCUCCCUCGGCUCCCGGGGCCCCACAUAUAGCAGGGAGCGCCGGCCAGCACCCACAUUUCCAGCCGGCAUCUCCGGGGUGCUCCCAAGCACCCGGCUCAGGUCCCGCGGGACGAUGAAGCCCUGGAUGCUCCUCGUCGGGGUGGGGAUGGCCUUGGGCUGCGUGGCCGGCCAGCUGUACACGGCCCCUGACUCCUGCAAAGGGCGCUGCGAGGAGCCCUACAGCAAGGAGGACGAGUGCCACUGCGACGCCGAGUGCGAGAGCCACCACAACUGCUGCGAGGACUACUACGAGCACUGCCGACCGGGUGGGGAAUGGGGCGAGGAAGCAGCACGCAGACAUGCUGGUGAGGGUUUCUCCAGCAGCCGCGAUGCCGUCACCGACGAGGAGCUCCUGCAGGUCUCCGAGCAGCUCUACGGGGCCGAUCACAACAAAGCCCGGCCCCAGGACAUCACCAUCAACCCGCAGUACCGGGCUGCCCCCGAUGAGACGGAUGACCAGGAGGAUCGCUCCCCCCGGCCGCUCUACGCGUACGUGAAUGAGAAGCUCUUCUCCAAACCCACCUACGCCAGCUUCAUCAGGCUGCUGGACAACUACCAGAGGGCGACCGGCCGGGAGGAGGAGGUGACAGCGGAGGAGCUGAGGGAGCAGGACACCUUCCUCAGGGAGGUGAUGAAGACCGAGCUGAUGAAGAAACUCUUCGCUUUCCUCCAUAAGAAAAACCGCUACGGCUCCGAGCAGGAAUUCCUCGCGGAUUUGAAGGAGAUGUGGUUCGGCCUCUACUCCCGAGGCAACGGCGAGAAGGACUCCAGCGGCUUCGAGCACGUCUUCUCGGGGGAGAUUAAAAAAGGGCAAGUGAGCGGAUUUCACAACUGGAUCCGCUUCUACCUCCUGGAAAAGCAGGGACUCGUCAACUACUACAGCCACAACUACAACGGGCCGUGGGACACCUACCCCGACGUGCUGGGGCUGCAGUUCAGCUGGGACGGCUUUUACAAGGAGGUGGGCUCCGCGUUCAUCGGCUGCAGCCCCGAGUUCGAGUUCGGCGUCUACACGUUGUGCUUCAUCGCCCGUCCUGGGAGGGCGUGCCACCUGAGCCUGGGUGGCCACGGCAUCAGCAUCCAGACCUACACCUGGACCAAGUCCACCUACGGCCCUGGCAAGAAAUACAUCGCCACCGCCUACGUGAUCUCGCCCUGAGGCUGCCCCCAUCCCGGCUGGGAGGAACGGGGCGGCCGCAGCCCCACCGCUCCGGGGCCCUGGGCUGCCCCUCGCUGCAGACCCCGUGUGUGGGGCAGGAUUGUUCCCCCCUUGCGAGGCGGGGAGCCCCAGGACCCG